GGGUACGAUUACGGUUUAUCCCAAUACGGCCCUGUUGAUAUACCAGCCUACUCACACAAUCACACAAUGUUGGCAAACUUAAUUUUGUUAUUUUCAGUGUAAAUCUUUUCCACCAAUUUGUGAGGGUACACCAAUUUUUAAUUCCGAACUGUGUUAUCACCAUUUGAAGUCACAAGUCCAUCAAAAAGAAGAGAAGCAUGACAUCUGUCAAAAUAGAUUGAGUGACGUUAUUUGUUAUGACAUUUGGUCGAUACAUUACAUUUCUCUGGAUUCUGGAUUUGUGUAAUAUAAAUCAUACCAAUUUGUAAAAAAUGUUAUAAAUUCAGACAAAACGCCCUUCAUAACCGUGAUGAUCACUUUUAUCAAACUUCAAAAGCAACAUGAACCGACAUAAGAGUUGUAAAGGUUCUCGUAAUAACAACAUUGUGGGCCGUGCUCAUUCAACUUUGAGCGUUUCUGCGGUUGAUUAUUAUUUAAACUUACCAGUAACUUGUCCUCCUUCUCCUGCUGUUUCUACAGUUACGCUUACUCCUGGACGUAUAAGAAAUAUUGACCAAGACAUGGAAAAUUUGAGGGCAUCAAGGCAGGAUAAUCCAUUUAUUCAGAAAGUUAUUGCUAGCAGGGAGAGUAUUAUUGACAGCUUGGAUACAGAAGAGGAAUCAGACCAUGCAAAUUUAAUGGCUAAGGAAUUAUCUCUGGAUUUAGAUGUGGACCCAAUGUCUCUUCCUGAAAUGCACGAGCAUAUGAUCAGAAGUCCUCCGCCAACAAAUUGGCCGAAAUCUCCAAAUUUCAGAGUGUUCCAUUUUCCACAUAAUGACGAUGAGACAAUUUCAGUUGAAGUUAAUGCCAAAGAAUCAAAGUCUGCAGAAUUAAAACCAAAACAUUCAAGUUGGGAGGGAAACGACACUUCUCCUAUGAAAUCCUUCUCAAAAUCUCACCAUUACCAGGAUCGGUUUUCUUUAUUAACGCCAAAUACCCAUCGAACGACUGCUGAAGACAGCAUUCAUUUAAUGGCCGAGGACUAAUGUUUUCCCUUAAUUAUAAUUACUAAUUCAAUAUGUUG